AGUGGCAUCAACCUUCCAACAUGCGACGUCCGCUAAAAUAAACCAGCAACAACACCAUUGUACAGGUGGUAUACUUGCAUCGGUAGUUUCAGAACUGAGCCAACGAGGAUAAUCUACAACGCGCACUUUUCGCUUGUUCUUAAAGAAAAUGACGUGGAUUUCCAAGUCUAUCACGACCUUCGGUCUGGUCUUACUGGCACAUGCCUGCUAUUCGGCCCACGAGCACUCAGCCCUGCACUCUACCGGCGUGCCCUCAGCUGCUGCGACGUCACCGACCGCGAGCAGGGGAUCGUUGCCGACCGCUGCGGCGUCAACAUCUCUCCCCAUCGACAUCUCCAUCGAGACGGUGGCGGCGCUGCUGAUAAUCUGCCUGGGGCUGGUGCUGGGGACGCCGCACCUGCGGCCGAUCCAGUGGCGCGAGUGGGCGGGCAAGAUCGAGCGCGAGGGCGACAAGGAGGGCGACAAGGACUAUGUGGGAAACCCGUACCGGUUCCUCGAGUCGAGGCCAGGCUUUGUAAACAUCAGGAAGCAGAGGAAAGAUUUUGCGCAGUGGGUCAAGAGCGGUAACGAUGCGGCAAAGGCGUGAAAAAGGCGAACCAAAAAGGGGGGAGAUGCGUAUUGAUAGCGGAUGCUUAAAAAUCUUAUGUUUUUGACGUCCAACGCCAGCAUGCUCGAUAUCUAAUAUAUGUGCGCACUAGUUGUAGGUCUACAUGAACUGCAAAGAGCAACUCGAGAACCAGGAGACUAGCA